GCCUGCUUUUUUUUGUUUUCAGCCUAUUAUGACCUUCCUGUGGGUAACGCACCUCUUCGCCGCGCUCUUCACGCAACAUCGCAGUCGCCGCCCAAAGCUGGCGCUGGGAGCUGGGGAGGGAGAGGCGUGGGGGGGAAGGCCGCGACCGCAGGGUGAGGUUUCCCAGGACACAUUUCGAGGCUGAACCCGAUUAAGGAUGGCCGAUAGCCCCCCUGUGCCCGAGCCAACGGCUUCGGAAGAACUCUAUGGCGACUUCAAAAAACCAGCCCUGCCGGUGCCCCCGGCGAUGCGGGGCAAGUUCCCGGCCCCCAACCCUUCAAACCCGGAGGAGGGGCCGGAGAGGCCCACAGCACUGCCGGACCCAGGUUCCGGGGAGCCCGAUGUCCCUCCGGCUCGGCCCGAAAGCGCGGAGACUAGGAGUCCACCGGAGGGGCAGCCGCGGCCCCCCACAGCGGCGCCUGCUCCCGACGGCCCGGCCCGGGCGCCCCCUUACCGAGAGCCGCCCUGGGGCGGCCCCGCCGCCGGCCCCUACAGCCUAGAGACCCUGAAGGGCGGCACGAUCCUUGGUACCCGAAGCUUGAAAGGGGCCAGCUGCUGCCUUUUCGGGAGGCUGCCCAGCUGCGACGUGUGCCUGGAGCACCCUUCGGUGUCUCGGCACCACGCCGUGCUGCAGCACGGGGCGGCGGGCGCCGACGGGGAGUGCGACGGCCACGGGCCCGGCUUCUACCUCUACGAUCUGGGAAGCACCCACGGCACCUUUCUCAACAAAACGCGCAUCCCGCCCCGCACCUAUUGUCGGGUCCACGUCGGGCAUGUUCUCCGCUUCGGCUGCAGCACCCGACUCUUUCUUCUUCAGGGACCAGAGGAAGACCGAGAGGCAGAGUCCGAGUUGACAGUAACGCAGCUGAAGGAACUGCGCAAGAAGCAACAAAGGAUGUUGGAGAAAAAGAUGCUGGGAGAAGACUCUGGUGAAGAUGAGGAGUUGGAUACCACUGAAAAGAAGAGAAACACUAGUAGUCAAGAUGAUGAAAUGGGCUGUACCUGGGGAAUGGGAGAAGAUGCUGUUGAGGAUGAGGCUGAAGAGAACCCCAUUGUUUUAGAGUUUCAGCAGGAAAGGGAAGCCUUUUAUAUAAAGGAUCCGAAGAAGGCUCUCCAAGGUUUUUUUGACCGAGAAGGAGAAGAAUUAGAGUAUGAAUUUGAUGAACAGGGACAUAGCACUUGGCUCUGCAGGGUGAGAUUACCUGUGGAUGAUUCAACGGGAAAACAACUGGUGGCUGAGGCGAUUCACUCAGGAAAGAAAAAGGAAGCAAUGAUCCAGUGCUCACUGGAAGCUUGUCGAAUCCUCGAUACUUUGGGAUUGCUGCGGCAGGAGGCAGUAUCUCGGAAAAGGAAAGCAAAGAACUGGGAAGAUGAAGACUUUUAUGAUAGUGAUGAUGACACAUUUCUUGAUCGGACUGGCCUGGUUGAGAAGAAGCGUCUGAAGCGAAUGAAGAAGGCUGGGAAGAUUGAUGAGAAGCCAGAGACCUUUGAAUCAUUGGUUGCAAAGUUAAAUGAUGCUGAAAAGGAACUCUCUGAUAUUUCUGAGAGACUGAAAGCCUCAAGCAAAGCUCUGUCAGAGUCACCGUCUCAGGACUCUUUAGAUGCGUUCAUGUCGGAAAUGAAAUCAGGGAGUGCAUUAGAUGGUGUGUCCCGGAAGAAACUUCAUCUUAGAACUUUUGAACUGAGGAAAGAACAACAGAGACUUAAAGGGUUGAUAAAAAUUGUAAAGCCAGCAGAGAUUCCAGAACUAAAAAAGACUGAAAGUCACACUAUAGAUGCUGAAAACAAAGCUAAAAAGCUUACAUUGCCUCUCUUUGGUGCCAUGAAAGGAGGAAGCAAAUUCAAAUUAAAAACUGGAACGGUAGGGAAGUUACCUCCCAAGCGUCCUGAACUCCCUCCAGCUCUAAUGAGAAUGAAGGAUGAACCUGAAGUAGAAGAGGAGGAAGAGGAAGAAGAGGAAGAGGAUAGAGCAAAGGAAGAUCAGGAAAAGAACAAACUGGAGGCUGGAAGCAGUAGGUUACAGCAGGAGAGAGGGCCGGAAGAAGCAGUGCAGGAAAUGAGUCCUCCCACAGAUCUCACAUGUUCUAAAGAAACAAGACAGCAUGAAAACAGGUCUCAACUCAGCCAAGUGGAACAGAAUAAAGAUGAUCAAGAGAUUAAUGAAACAGCUGCAUCAUGUGAGGAACCCUCAGCAUCAAAGAAUGAAUAUGAGAAAAGCAGAGAUGAACUGAAGAAAAAGAAAGCUCCUGGUCCAGGCAAACUUCCACCAACACUUUCCUCCAAAUAUCCAGAAGAUGACCCAGACUACUGUGUGUGGGUCCCACCUGAAGGUCAAAGUGGAGAUGGCAGAACCCAUCUUAAUGACAAGUAUGGCUAUUGAUUACUUCAGAAUCCUAAAGGAAGACCUUAUGGACCACAUGACAUGGGAUAUUUAGGAUAACAUAUCAAGUUGAAUGUCCAGAAUGUCAGAUGAUCAUUUGUAAAAUCUGGUGACUGGCCUUUUCUUCUAUACUGUUGGCUUUCUAAAUUUAUCUACGCAUCUGAUUUUCUUGAAUUUGGUAUUCAUGUUUAAAAGUGUUUGUGUAUGGCCCUGGUUGGUAUUGCUCAGUGGUUAGAGCAUUGACCCACACACCGAAGAGUCACGGGUUUGAUUCCCAGUCAAGGGCACGUACCUGGGCUACAGGUUUGCUCUCCAGCCCUAGUCACACCUCUUGUGGGAGGCAACCAAUUGCUGUGUCUCUCUUAUAUCAUUGUCUCUCUUUCUCUCUCUCUCCCCACCUCCAAUUCCUCCCUUCUAUUCUCUCUAAAAAUCAAUGAAAAAAUAUCCUCAGGUGAGGAUUAGCAACAAUAACAAGUGUUUUGGUAUGUAUGUAAAAAGGAACCAUAUAUUUUGAGAACUAGUAAAGUAAGAGACAUGAUUCUGUUAAAAUGAGAAGGUGAAGAUGCCUCCUGUUUGUUUAGGGCCACACGUCUUUCAUUAAGUUUCAGGGACUGUGCUUUUCCUGAGUGGUAGGAUCCUACUGUCAGUUAGGCUCCAGGAUUCACUGAUAUUGCUUCAAAUAGGGAUGAAAUAUGAGGUCAUGCUAUGGGCGUGACCCUGGGGUUCCCUGUUACUCUGGGAACUAAAAAAUAGAUGCACCAUGGGAGUUACUUACUUCCUUACACUGUAAUCCUCCUGCCAGGUUUAAGAACAGAUCCUGACUUAUCAGGACCCCAGUUCAAGACCAUAGCAUACCUCACACUGAGUCCUGAUAAAAAAAAUUCAGCCCUUUGAAUGUCCUGGACCCUGACCAACCAGAUUGGUUGUUACUUCUCAUGUGGGAAGGUGCAAAUAAGGUCAUAGUAUGAAAAGCUAGAUGUGUCUUGCCCAGUGUGGGGCAUCUCACCUCUGUGGAAAGGGGAAUAAGUGUUCCUUUGUCUCUGGAAGCAUGAAGAAAUUCAAGAAGAUGUCUUAUCUCACCCCAUCCCACCCCACCCCCAUCAUUAAUGCCUCACUUCUACAAAGGAAGGUCUAAGCGUGGAAGCAGGCAGAGAGCCUGUGGACUGGGCUGCAGGCAAAGAUGAUGAGCAGGCAGGAGAAAUGCUGUGGCCCAAAAGAGAGUGGACAAGGAUGAUGCUUUCCUCACAUGGAUCAUACAGUUUGCGUGAGGUAAGCAAGAAGCAGUAAUAAGAAACUUCAGUUACCCUGUCAGAUGUGGGAAGUCUGGUCUGCUAGGAGUGAUGUCUUUCAUUUCUCAAAAAACAAUACCAAGAUUGGUAUCAUGAGAAACUAUUAUUUUGAACUUCAUUUAAACCAACAGGGAAGAAUUUGUUGAUGAUGUAAGAAGUGACAGGAAUUUGGGGACAGAGUUACCAUGCCAUCUUGUAUCAAGGCAGCGGACCAAGGUCUAAACCAGAUCAGUGGUCUUCAAAGGUGAAACUUUGUACUCAAACAAAAUUGUAUGUGGGAUCCUAAUGCUUGAACAGGUAAAAAUAUACCUGUUGUGGGGGAAGUGAGGGCAUGGAGGUUGCACACACCCACACACACAUUCUCUCCUCCUCACUCUACCCUCACAAUGACCCUGAAGAAUCCUAGGGACUCCAUAGAGCACAGUCUGCUUUAGGAAGGAAGAUUUCUAAAUGUUCUGGGGGAGGUAGAUAGACAUGGUCCCAUGUCUAGAGACCCUGAAGCAAAUAGGACUCCACAUGCCAAAAUAAAAUGAUAUAUAUGUAACUUGUAUAAGUAACAUAAAUAGUUGUUGGAUUUGAUUCAAUAGACCUGCAUGUGAAUCUUAGCUCCUAUUUACUGAACAGGAGACUUUGGGGACAUGACUUAAGUUCCCUGGGCCUCAAUUCUUUCAUGUGUGAAGCAGGAUCAGCAAUGCUUCUUGUUCUCUGAACCUCAAAUUUGCUUUAAGGAUCAAAUGAGAUAAUGUGAUGGAUGUGCUUUACAGGGCUUUGUAGAUAUCAGUAGUUGUUAUUCAUUACCAAAAGGACACAAAUCUUGACAUCGGAGGAGACUGGGUUAGAUCAGUGAUUCUCAGCUGUGGCUACAUAGUACAAUUGCCUAGGGAAAUUUUUUAAGUUUUUCAUUCCAAUGCUUGGAUCCCAUCUCAGAUCAUUUAAAUCAGAAUCUCUGAGGUGAUCCCUUCUAAAAGCACUCGAGGUCAUUUCAUUGAGUAGCCCAUAGUGGAGAACCUCUUUAAUGGCCAAGUAUUUUAGGCUUUGCAAACCAUUAUAGUCUCUGUCGCAGCUACUUGACUCUGCUGUUGGAGUACAAAUGCCAUAGACAAUCCACAAUCAAGUGAGUGUGCCUGUGUUCCAACAAAUAUUUAUUUAUAAGGACAGAUUUGGCCCGCAGGCCAUAGUUAGCCAACCCCUGCUCUAGGCUAAUUCUUCAAGGUCUCAGCUGACUCAAGAUGUACCUUACAGGAUCUUGAGGAAGUAGUGUGUGUCCCCAUUCAUGGAUAUUGGAUGUUUUUGUUCAAAAGGCUUAUUAUGCCCUCCUAAAUGGUAUUGGUCACAAUUUAUGGUUACCAGAAAUCAAGGUAAUUCAUUCUCCUUCCUCAGAAACAAAUGUAAGGUUAUUAGCCAUUACAAAAAAAUAUUGUUACAGCAAGCACACAGUUAACUAAAAGCAAGAUGUCCCUGGUCAGUUAUCCUGGACUUCUGUUUCAUGCCCACCUCUUUAUUUAAAGGGCAAUGAGAAGCCACUGGGGGUAUUAGUGAUGGUGAAAUGAUCAGAUUUGGGUUUUUAAAAGAACAUUCAAGCUACAGUGUGGAGGAAGGAUGGAUAUAGGAAGACCAGUUAGAAGUCUGCCAAAGUCUAGUGAGAGCUUAUUGCAGCCUGUAGUAAGUGGAGAUCGAGAUGCAGAGAGGUAAAUGGGUCUUUAACAAUAUUGUUAGAAGUAGAAUGGCUGAGACUGAGUGAGGGAUUGUCUGGGAGUAGAGAGGGAGGAAGGGUGGGGGGUGAUUCCUAGGUCGCUGGCUGUACACCUGACUAGGGGGUGGAUUUAUUGAGAUGAGGGAUGUUGGAGGAGGAUUGAGUGGCAAUGGAGGAUAUUGUAAGUUUGGUUUUGGACAAGUCAAACUUGAUGUCCUUUGAGACAUCUAAGUAAAGGCAUCCAGAAAGCAGUUGGAUGUAGAGGCCUGGAUCUCAGAAGAGGGCUAGAAAACAGUUGUAGCCCCCUACCAGAUGAACCUGAGUCAGGGGCACCUGCGGGUGAGGUGAAAGACCAGGUGGCAGGCAGGGAUUCUGCAGGCAGACUGCAGUCCUGGACACCUUAUCUCCAUAGCUUUGGCAUUGGGAACAAAGUUCUUCUUGGCUAUAAGUACUCAUUUAUUGGGGGGGGGAGGUGAAGUAAGUACCACAGUUAGCAGCACUCUGGAGAGAAAAGGUCAGGGGUAUGUAUUUAACAUUAAAACAGGUCUCUUUGAUUUAGGAAAUUUCUAAGGAUUUUAUACAGUUCCUGGUACAUUAAAAAUGCUUGUAGAGCCCUGAC